AUGGCCUGGAGCAAAUCUCAGGAUGUCCUGUUGAAGUUGAACCUGCUGAUUCGCAAGAUCAGCGACUAUGAGCUCCGCUUCGGAUCCCAGUAUGAGGAUUUUCGUGAGAAGAUCAAGGUUCUCAGGACCAGGGACGACACUCUCUGCGAGAUGGGCCGAUUCCAGAACGAUAUUCAAACAAAGCUCGUCGAGAAGGGCAAGAGUGGAUUUAAGGCAUGGCUGAAGAAGGACGCCGAGGAGACCAGCUCCAAGAAGGAGCCUGAGGUUGAUCCCGAGUUGGUCCAAUACAAGCGCCAACUUAUCAAGACUGCAUAUGCCGAACAACUGGAUGCCGUUAUCGAACUGGGCAAAAAGAUGCAGAUCAUUGGCGAACAUGGAAAGCAUUUGUUGGAGCACAUCGACCUGUCCCGCGAUGUUCAACCAUAUGCCGAUGGUCGUGAGACUGAAGGCGUUCUUCAGGCUGCUCGCAUCGCUCUGGAGAACUGGAGUCAAGGAACAACAGUCGAUAACCACCAGGAUACCUUGAUCAACCCGCCACCCGAACAUACCCCCACCCCCACCGUUUCAGUAUCCGAUGUAUCUGCAACUGCCGCCGCCGCCAAUGGAUCCGCCAAGAAAUCAGCAACCUCAUCGUCUUCGCCUUCACCCUCUGCCAAGCCUGCCACCAAGGUCGAGUCAACAGCCACGGUUCCACCACUGCCUCCAAGGACACCCGACAGAAUUCCCUCGUCUGAAUCUCUCGAACCAAGAAGAGUCCAAAAGGGCCGUGCCAGAGCUGCAGAAGAGGAGCAGUUGAGACGACAGGAAGAGCUGGAGCUUGAGGAGGCACUCGCUAUGAGCCUUGCGGCGGCUUCACCUGUCCCACUCACGGAAGUCUCGGAUCUCGUCCUCACUCCUGAGGAGUUGCGCUUUAUCUCAGAGCAGGAGAGUCUCGCUGUCCCCAAACCAGCGAGUCCUGCGAGGGUUGUCAGAGGCCCUCAAUCUGUGGAGAUUGGAGGACACAUCCCCUCUCAACGUCGCCCACCAUCCUCUCAGGCUACUGAGGAGGAGAAAAAGAUUGCCAAGGCUGUCUCGACCCCUCCAUUGGAGGAGCUCGGAGGAUCCAGAACGUCUAGCGAAUCCAUGGACGAUCAAAGAAGUACCUCCGCAUCGAGAAAGGACGCCCAUACGACCAAGCAUGCGCCUCUGGAGAGCAUGGGACCCGAGCCAGAGGCACUUUUGGAGAGCAUGGGAUGCGAUACCUCGGCCGCAUAUGAGAGCAUGGGAGAUUCAGGACUGCCUCCCUUGGCCCACGAGAACCUCCACCUGCAGACGGUAUUGAGUCAACAGCGCAAGCUUAAUGAGCAGCAACAACCUUCGCCUUUCCCUCCUUCACCUGAGCUGCAAUACCUCCAGGUUCAGCCAUCCCCUCAACAACACAAGCAGACGCUCCAGAUCUUGCAGUCAGGGGGAACAUUGUCUAUGAGCACUCCGAUGAACUCCAACCAUUCCAGCCCGAUGAUAGGAAACUACCAACCAAGCGUCCCAUACAAACCAACCACCACCUAUGUGCCUCAUCCAUCCCCUUAUUCGAACAAGCCUAGGAACAGGAAUUCUGGACCCAUCACGCCACCAAUUUCCGAGGGCCUGUCACCUAGUGCUUCUCAGCUCCUCCAGCAGCGUCAGCGCCAACACGAGUUUCAGCAGCAGCUCCGUGGCGAUGAAGGACGUCCGAUUUCACUCACUGCCAAGCAUUCGUUGCAACAACAACAAGAAUUGCAGAAGAAGCUGCAGGAUUUCUACUUCACCACCAACGAGCAAGAGAACACGGAACGGCAUCAGCAGGAAAACCGCCAGCAGAGCCACAGUGGACACCGACAGCAACCUUCGGGGAGUUGGGACUAUCACCCCGACGACAACGACGACGACUACCAAUACAAGGAGGAGUAUCACACCCUCCACCGGUAG